AAGUGAAACCGCGCCCUGGAGGCCGGCGGCGCCGCGCGUUGCCACGGCAACUGCCGGCAGGAUGGCGUCCGAGGAGCGGGAGUGGAGCAGACGGGCGGCCCGGCUGCGGGCAGAGCUGGAGCGGGAGCGGCGGCUGGAUGAGGCGCUGCGGGCGGCAGAAGAGAACAGAAAGCAGAGAGUGCUGCAGCUGGAGCGAGAGCAGAAGCUGGCGGCUGAGCUGGCGAGGCGGGACCUCGAGAAAAUGAAAGACGAAAAGAUCAGGCAACAAGUCAGAGCAAACAGUCUUGAACUUCGAGAGUUAGAAAGAAAGCUGAAAUCUGCUUAUAUGAAUAAAGAACGAGCUGCACAGAUUGCUGAAAAAAAAGCUAUAUACGAUGAGGAAAUGAAAUGGGAGGACGAAGUAGCUCAAGAGAUGAAAGAAGAGUACGACAGGUAUCUGAAAGAAGAGAUGUCUGCAGAACUGAGGCGAAACCAGGAGAAGAAAAUGUACCAUCAAGAGCUGGACAAGCAGGUUGAGGAGCAGGAGAAAAAGAAGCAAGAGGCUUAUGAAGAGUUUCUAAGAGAGAAACUCAUGAUUGAUGAAAUUGUAAAAAAGAUCUAUGAGGAAGACCAAAUGGAAAAACAACGGAAGUUAGAUAAAAUAAGAGAAACUCAGACAUAUAUUGAAGAGUUUAUUAAAGAACAAGCUAUGUGGAGGAAAAGGAAACAGAAAGAGAUGGAAGAAGAAAAUAGGAAAAUUAUGGAGUUUGCCAACAUGCAACGACAAAGAGAAGAUGAUAGGAUGGCUAAAGUUCGAGAUACUGAGGAGAAAAAACAGAGAGUUCAAAACAUGCUUGCCAAGACCAUGGAAAGAGAAGAACAGAGGCGUAGAGAACAAGAACAAAUCCGCCAAGAUCUGUAUCUGGAAGAACAAGAAGCAAUGGAAAGGAAGAAGGAAAUGGCAGAAAUUGAAAAGAGAAUAAGGCAGCGCCUAGACUUAAGGCAAGCCUAUGAAGAGCAAUUUGCUGUAAAGGCAGCAGCACAACAAGCCAUGAGAGAAGAGGAGGAAGCUCUCCGGCAGCGGAUUUUGGCCAAGCUGGCUGAGGAUGAUCGCAUUGAGCAGCUGAAUGCGCAGAAACGGAGAAUGAAACAGCUUGAACACAAAACGGCCGUGGAAAAAAUUCUUGAGGACCGUCGCAGACAGUGUAUUGCAGAAAAAGAACGUGAACUUGAAGAAAGAGAUUUAGAGAAGAGAAGACAAGAAAGUAUCCGUGCAAUUAUUGAAGAAGAGAGACAGAAACUCUUGAAAGAGCAUGCAUGGAAAUUGUUGGGUUAUCUUCCUCGAGGAAUAAUCAAAGACGAAAACGACAUUAACAUGCUUGGAGAAGAUUUCAGGUUGGCUUACCAGCAGAGAAGAGGUAAUGAACUUGCAGAAGAGAGCUGAACCUUCCCCCAGCUCAGCUCCUGCUUUGCCACUAGGUGUCAGCUGAUUCCCAGUGAAAACUUCCAUUUGCUUUUAACAGUGAGGAAUUCCUUUUUAAUAGCAUUAAAAGCCUUCAUUUUAAAACCAAA